AUCUUACGAUAAGGCAUCAUUCGCCAAUCUGCAGGUCUACGGGGAACUCACCUUAACCUUAACACGUGAACUCAACAGGCUUUUCAGUGAAGUGCUAAUUUUGCUGUAGUUUAGUGACAAAGUUUGUGACUUUACCAGUUUUAUCGAUUUCGACAAAGAGGACUAAAUCGUCAGAACCAGAAUGCUUCCCGUUGCACAGCUGAAGAUGCUGGUUUACGUUUCGUUGGUGCUGAUCGUUCUGUCCACGGCCAGAUUCUGCCGGGCCGAGGCUGAUGGAAGUCAGGACGGUGGCAUGCUGGGCGAAUCCACCCGGCACAAGCGAGGACCCACCGUGGGACUGUUUGCCUUCCCCCGGGUAGGACGAUCCGAUCCGGCGGAUCUGCUCGAGUGGGGCGAUCUGGUGGAGCAACAGCAACAACAGCAGCAGCAGCUGACGGCGGAUGAUUAUGAGGACUACCCAUAUCGAACCGGCCUCGAGAUGGCCAAGCGGCAGGGCAAGCUCGUUGCGUUCCCGCGUGUAGGCCGCGCCGGACCGAACCGGUACUGGUCGUCUUCCUCCUCCACCGGUAGUGGCCUCCAGAAACGUGCCAGCGGCAACUCCGGGGCCGCAAACUCGGCCAUGUGGUUCGGACCGCGACUGGGUAAACGUGCCCACGUGGCAAACGCCGAGAUCAAAGGAACCGAAGUCUACACACCGCGCUUGGGCCGUGAUCCGGAGGAAAACCAAAUCGCCAUCAACAGCAGACUGGCGGACUUUGGACGACUCUUCCACGGAUCAUCGUUUCCAUCGGAAAAUUAAGCUAAUUACGAGAAAUUGAGAAGGAAAAAAUCCUGCGAACAUUAGUAAAACACACAAGCACUGAUUAAAAACAACAAAUUGAGAUAAAAUUGUUCUUCAAAAGUUCAUGACACAUGUUCUAAAAAUAAAAAUAAAUAAAAAGGCUGGAGAAAGCUUGUUUCGCACGUGAACCAUCAAGGGUCAUUGAAAAACAAACUUUCUAAAAAUACAAUUUUGAACUUUUGACUCACAAUUUUUGCAAAUAAAACAAAAAAAGCGAAAACGCCAACCGUAACUAAGCAAAACUAAUCGUUCUACACAGCUGUAUCUAACUACUACUACGAAUGGAAUGUCACACAGCUCGGUUUGUCCCUCUGAAAACACACAAUAUUUAAACUAAAAAGAAAAAAAAACUGCAAACAGAAAUGAUAAAGUAAUAUAAACAAACACACAUGUAAUGUUGCUACUGUUCACGUUAGAAGAAGACAAAGAAUGUUAUGUAUACAAAGUUGUAAAUAAAAAGAUGGAAAAUAUGUUCGUAUUUUUAAACA